CACACGUGCAUUUGUUGUCGGUAAAGUGCGGUUCACAAAAGCACCAGCGGAAUUAACUUUGAAGUAAAUAUGCAAAAACACCGCAAAUUCAAUCCGAAGAAAAGGCCAAAGAAUGGCAAACCAAAGCCGAAGGGCGAGGGUGAAAAAAAGGGCCAAGGAAAACCCAGCUGGAAACCGGUUCAAAUCAGUGGCCCUGUGAUAGCCGAUGAUGGUGCCGAUUUCGGUGGCUUUAUCGGUUUGGAGGUGAUGGAAAACUACGACGACUUUGUGCGGAAUGAGAAAGUGGUGUUGGACGAUGAUAUGGAAUUUGGAAACACGAAAAAGAAGCCUAAACGCAAACGAGGAAUGCACAGCGAUUCGGAUGAAAGUGAAACGGAAAUGGAAGUGUAUAGCCGAGAAAAAAACCUGAAGGUACCGAAAUUGACCAUGUCCGCGUUCCUUGAAUCCACCGAGGACGAUUCUGGUUUCGACGACAUACCCAAGAAGAAAAAUAAUGAGAAACCAGACUCGAAGAAAGUGGAUCUGGUGGAAAAAGUUGAGCGCACGGAAUCGGCGAAAUCAUCCUCAAAAGCGAAGGAAACAUCUUUAAAACCCCGGGAAACUGUGAAACUAGAAAAGGAACUGAAAAGCAGGGAAAAUGUGGAAGCGAAAUCAAAGGUUGAUGAGGAAGAAGCGGAACCAUCCAAACCAUUUUCGAUGCUGCUUAAGCCUCCCAAGCAAAAAGAAAAAAUGAAAAAACAAGUUUCAAAGAAACAGGGUGAGAAAGCGGAAGCACAACAAUCCUUUUCAUCUGCAGAUUAUAUAUCUUGGAUAGAGCUGGGCGUCUCGGAACCGAUCGUAAAAGCGCUUGCCGAUAAAGGCUUCAAGGUGCCGACGGAGAUACAGAGCAAAUCGCUGCCGGUGGCGAUUUUGGGGUGUCGGGAUUUGCUCGGUGCUGCCGAAACGGGUAGCGGCAAAACGUUGGCUUUCGGCAUACCGAUGCUGGAGGGUAUCAUGAAGCUGAAGCAACAGGACGAACUCACCUGCGUCGAGGAUCAUCGUUCCAGUGAUCACGAGCUAACGCCACCACCGGAGGACAUGGACGACAUGCCGGAGGACGUGCGGCGGGUGUUUGCAACCGAGGGAAGCAAACUGCAGAGUAAUCGUGCGGAUCCGAACAAACCCCUUUACGGGUUGAUCCUCACGCCGACGCGUGAACUGGCAGUGCAAAUCAACGAUCACCUGAAGGCAGUCGCAAAGUACACCGGCAUCAACAUUGCGACCGUAUUCGGAGGGUUAGCCGCGGUGAAGCAGGAACGUUUGCUACGCAAGUGUCCGGAAAUUGUGAUCGCCACCCCAGGACGCCUGUGGGAGCUUAUUCAAGGUGGCAAUGCUCAUCUCACGAAAGUAGCACAGAUAAGAUUUCUCGUCAUCGACGAAACGGACCGUAUGCUGGAAAAGGGACACUUUGAAGAGCUGAAGCAACUUUUGGAGCUAAUCAACUCCAAUGAAGAGGCGAAAAAUCGUCGUCGCAACUACAUCUUCUCUGCGACACUGACAAUGGAUCACGAUUUGCCGGAACAUUUGAUGAAAAAUGCCAAGAAAGCUAAGAAGGUGAUCAAAGAAACGCCCGGAAUGCGGAUGAAUAAUCUGAUUCAAGUCGUCGGCAUGACCGAUCCAAAGAUCGUCGAUCUUACGCAAGACCAUGGCACCGCGCACACUCUCACCGAGUCGCGCAUUGUAUGCUCGGCGGAACAGAAAGAUUACUUCCUUUACUACUUCCUCGAGCGCCAUCCGGGACGUACGCUGGUGUUUUGCAAUUCGAUCGACUGCGUGAAGCGGCUCGUGUCGCUGCUCGAUUAUCUCAACUGCAGCCCGUUGAGUCUGUUCGGAAGCAUGCAGCAGCAGCAGCGACUAAAGAAUCUGGAGCGCUUCACCGCCAACCCGAAGGCGCUUCUCGUGGCAACCGACGUGGCCGCUCGUGGGCUCGACAUCCCGAACGUGGAUCACGUUAUCCACUACCAGGUGCCGAAAACGACCGAAAACUACGUUCAUCGGUCGGGGCGUACGGCACGUGCCAGCCGGGAAGGGCUCGCCCUUCUGCUGAUCUCGCCCGCCGAGAUGAAGGACUACGUGAAGCUGAAUCAGAACCUUGGGCGCUCGGAGGAUCUUCCGCUAUAUCCGACCUCCGACCGGAUGAUGCGCCAGAUCAAACUGCGUGUCAACUUGGCACGUGAAAUCGAGCGGAUGGAUCUGCAGCAGCGCCGUACCGGGGCCGAGCGGUCGUGGCAGGACAAGCUAGAGCAGGAGUUCCAGAACGACUCGGACGUCGACAGCGAGCAGGAGGAGCUGCGCAAGAUUGAACAGUCGAAGUGGAAGCGCGGGUUCAAGGCGAAACGGUUGGAGCUGAGCAAGAUGCUUGCCGCUCCGCUCUUCAUGGAACGUAAGGUCGAGAUGCGUUUCCCAACGUCACACCUUGCGCUGACGCCGAAACAGGACACUGGCAAGUCGGCUAUCAAUCUGGUGCGUGAGGCCGAGCAGGAACGUAUUGCAGCGACGAAACGGCGCGGGAAGAAGAAACAAAACUAAACGGCGCAAGAGGGUGCAUGUAAAGAAUAGGUUUUUUUUCUUUUAGCAAAUAAAGCUUUAUCCCUGGUAAUACUUA